AUGCCGGCGCUGGCUCCGAAUGAAUCAAGCCUGCUGAUGCCAGCUCUGUGCCAAGUGAACUGGACGGAGAUCAGUGAAGGCAACUUGAGCAACUUCUCCGUCAUGAUCAGCCACGGGGAGCUGGAUGCCUGCCACUUUGAGGUGAACGCCACAGAGGACCACAUCGUCCUCUCAGGCUUUGCCGGCCUCUCCCUGGUGGUCCUCGAGACUCAAACCACGGAGACGUCGUGGGUCUUCCCUCUAAGCAUCUACCUCCCAAGAGAGAUCCACGCCUUCUAUGGGGUUGUCACGAAGGCCCAGGUAGUGAUGGGAGACGUCGUGGUCUAUGCGCCCGGCUUCGACAGUGCUCUGCUGCUCUAUGAGUCCGGUGCUUUCAGAGCACCAAAGUCCUCCACGAUCUACAUGGCGCAAGAGCAGGCCUUUGCCGAGCUGACUUUGGGGAGUCGACUGGACCUCGAGGUGGAGGCGGUCUGGCUCGCCCUGAGCAACGAUCCAGCGGAGCCGAGCGUGCACAACCUCACGGACUCACUUCAGCUGAUCAGCUCCCAGCCGGGCCUCGCGCGUUUCAGCGUGGAUCUGAAGGCUCUGGGUGACCUCAAUCAGUCGCCUCCUUGCGCAGCCGGCGCCUCCGCGCCCUCGACACGCCCUCGAAAGCGUGAAGAUCACGGUGAAGGAGCUGGAGGACUUGCGGCGAUCAGCUGA